AUGGUGUUCGAAGUGAAUGAAAUCGAUUUGGAGUAUGAGUUUGAUGCUGCUCGUUGGUACGAUUUCACUCGAGAGGAAUUGGAUUUGGAGUCUCGUAAUGCUGAACUCUGGUUUCAAACUGCUCAAUCUUACUCACCGUCUCCUUUUGCAAUCAAACUGUUAAUGAGAGAGGAAGUCUCUUCAAAAUCAGAAGAUGUGGAAGUUACAGAACAUGUCCGGGGGAGCGACCGAGAAAUCAGGCAGCAACCAGAUGUGAAUGAAACAGGACAUGGAAUGAGGUCUGAGGUUUUUACAUUCAUUCAAGGUGGUAGUAGUUUGAAGAAAGUUCCAAAUCAGUCUUUAUCUAAAGGACCAACAUUUAGCAAUCGCAUACACACUGAUAAACUAAAAAGCCUACUGAAGUCGAGCAUUAAGCCCAGAAGCUCGACAUUGAUGAAACCUACUGCUAGCCAAUUGGCAAAACUAGAUAGUGCCAGACUUCAAAUGCAAGGAGAUCAAGUUAAGGAGAAAGGCUUGUGUCCUUCAUCUGGAUCUGAAAGUCAAGCUGCUAAAAGACAGAAGCUUGAUGGAGGUCUACUUCGUAAGGUUGCUGAAACGACGCAGGAGAUGAAUUUUGUCCACAAGGCACUCAAGAAGGAUCUUGAUAAAAACUCUCAACAUGCCAGGACGAAGAUUACUGUCCCACAGGAGCCUGAUUUUGCAACAUCACAUAGAGCAAAUAGGAUACGGCACAAGCACGAUGCUAAGCUGGACCAGGACUCAACAUCAGUAUAUAGAUUCAAAGCACGGCCCUUGAACCGAAAAAUCUUUGAGGCUCCAUCAUUACCCAUCCGGAAGAAGAGCACUCCUAAACUACCAGAGUUUCAAGAAUUUCGCUUGAAGACCUCAGAAAGAGCUAUGCAGCAUUCAUCAGCAGUAUCAACGUCAUCAUAUCGGGGGCCAGAUACGCCUGAUACGACAGCUUUUCUUGACGGUGUUAACAGGGAGCCAAGGAGACCAAGAGGUACGGAUCUACCUAAGGAUGAUGAUGAUGGAAAACACCUUUUCAAAGCUCGUCCUCUUAACAAUAAGAUACUUCCAAGUAGCCGCGAUAUUGGCAUUUUCAGGAAAAGCAAGCGAGAAACUACAGUUCCUUUGCUCUCCUUAACAUCCGAGCUCCAGCUAAACAAUGGCUCUCGCUUAAGAUUUCCUCAGCCUGAACAAGUAAAGGUGUAA